CUCCUCCCCAAAGGGCUCCCAGUUGAAGCUGCUCCAUCCACCCAGGAAGGCAGGCAGGAGACUGAGCAGAGAGCUCUCCAAGGCGCACAGUUGGAGCAGCAAAGGCUCGGAGUUGCGGUUGUGUUUCGCCUUUCUCAAGGGGGUGGUCUUCUGUGGCAGCAAUGUCUUCGGAGUCAGCUUCUGGACAUCAACGACCUCCAUCACCAGGUGCCCUCCAACUCCCAGAAGGUCGCCGCACACGGGAUCGGUCCCCUUCGCCAGCAAGAAGCUACCUCAUCCCUAGCCCGCUUCCCACCCGAAGGACCCGCACACGCUCAGCAACAUCAAGAGCCUCUGAAGGGCCCACCUACAAGGGAGUAUGCAAGUGCUUCUGCCGUGCCAAGGGCCACGGAUUCAUCACUCCUGCAGAAGGAGGUUUGGACAUCUUUGUGCACAUCUCUGACAUUGAAGGAGAGUAUGUCCCAGUGGCUGGCGACGAGAUGACCUACAAGGUGACCACCAUUCCACCAAAGAACGACAAGCUGCAGGCUGUGGAAGUGGUCAUCACCCACUUGGCUCCAGGAACGAAACACGAGACCUGGUCUGGACUUCCUGCAAAUCCACUGGACUGAGAUUUUGGGCAACAACUGAGAGCAUCUUCAGCCCCACAGAUGGGUUUUCUGUGUAUCGAGUCAGGUGAAACGCAAUUGAAUUGGCCAUUCAAAGCUGGCCAGAUUAAUCUUUUUCUAAAUUAAAGUUUAUUGGAAAUUUGAAACACAACAUGGGAAAGAAGGAACAUUGCUCCUAACUUUGCAAACUGUCACUAGCAUGAUUCCCUGUUGUUAUUUAGAUACACAGUGGCCUUAGACAUAUCAAAAAUAAGAUAGAAUGACUUGAGUGCCUUUUAUAAGGCAAAGAGGAAUUUGGCAUUGAUGGGAUCAGUGAGUUUUCUGAUUCAGGGGUGAUAUUUGCCAGUUGUUUUGGUGCCUUCUGGACUUUUUGGGGACCCUGAAUAACCAAAGCACCUUCAAGAACAUCUCAGUUCUCCUGAUUUUUGCCUCUGAAGGUUGUUGUACAAAAUACUUUUGCAUUUGCUAGCCAACUUUAGUUCGGUUGGCUAACUAUUAGGUUGAAAAAAGCCUGCCUCCCUUUACUUUAAAAUGACAAAUUUGCUGUUUUAGGUAAAACUGUAUAGGUUUCUCUUUCCUGACUCAUUUGUAUUUGGAAUCCUUUCAGUGGAUUCUUAAGUUGACAAUAUAACAUUUUGCUAGUAUCUUUUUUUGUAUGUACAUGUUUAAUUGGUCGCUGGCUUCCUGUGUCUCACGAAGAUUGAUGGCUCCCCCCAAAAUGUACUUCACUUUCAUUGCAUUGCUGGUUUUAAUUGUGUUUGUCCAAUAGGGAAAAAAAAAUUCUGAGCACUGCUUGUUCUGUUGAUUUCUGAGCAUUGACUUCUCUGGAGGAGAAAAAAUUAAAAGGUUGAACGAA